GCCGGAUAGAGCUCAGCAGCAUGCUGGCCACGGUCGGGAGCCUCCUGCGCCUCCGCCUAGGGCGCAUCCCCUGCUGCGCCCCGGGAGCGCCCCCAGAUGUCGAGCGGCGGCCGGUCGGGUCUCUCUGGCCCCGGGGUCACCCCCAGUACUCCAGUGGCCGGAGCCCCGGCCGCUCGGAGCCCCCAGGUUCUGCCGAGAAGGUCCAUAGGGUCCCCGCUGAGCACAAGCCGUCGCAAUUCGACAAGAGAAUCCUGCUGUGGACCGGGCGUUUCAAAGCGAUGGAGGAUAUCCCGCCUCGGAUUCCGCCAGAAAUGAUAGAUGCUGCAAGAAACAAAGCUCGGGUGAAAGCUUGUUACAUAAUGAUUGGACUCACAAUCAUUGCCUGCUUUGCAGUGAUAGCAUCAGCCAAAAGGGCUGCAGAACGACAUGAAUCUUUAACAAGCUGGAACCUGGCAAAGAAGGCAAAAUGGCGUGAAGAAGCGGCGCUGGCUGCACAGGCCAAGGCUAAAUGAUAUUCUAACUGACAAAGUGUUCAUCGGAAUAUCAUCACUAUUACCAGCAACAAUAAAUGAUAGGUAAAAGAGAAUAUUUAACAAAGUACUUGUCAAGGCUUUAUUUUGGUAACAAGAAUGGCAAAAUCUUUUUUUAUGUCUACUUUUAGUAAAUUUUUGCUGAAGUGUAACAUACAUUUAGAAAGUGCACAAAAGUGUACACAGUUUGAUAGAAUUUUAGUGAACACUCCUGUAUAACUGUUCAGGUCAAGACGUAAAACAUCUCCUUUCUGCCUUAUUUCUGCCCUCAGUCAUUACCACACAGAUAAAAAAAGAUGUUGUUUUAUCACCGUAGACUAGUUUUGCCUGUUUUAACUUUAUAUACACAGAAUUAUAUAAUAUACACUUGUGUAAAUUCUUAUACUCAGCAUUAUACUGUGAGAUUCAUCAACAGACUGUGAGUAGCAGGAAGUCAUUCAUUUUCAUUGUUACAGUAUUCCAUUGUAUGAAUAUGCCAGUUAAUCUGGUUAUUUGGUCCAGUUUUUAGCCAUUAGAGAUAAUGCUAAAAUGAGCAUCCUGGGGACUUCCUUGGCGGUGCAGUGGUUGAGACUCUGUGCUUCCACCGCACGGGGAACAGGAUUCAUCCCUGGUUGGGAAACUAAGAUCCCACAUGCCUCGGGAACAAAAGUAAAACAAACUUCCCCUACCACACAUCACGACGUAGUCACAAAACAGAAUGGUGAGCAGCAAAGAGAAUGAACAAACCACACAUACAUGCAUCAACAUGAAUCGCAAAAAAUGUUACCAUUGAGCCAAAACCCAAAACUCCCAGAUAUAGAAAAUAUAUGUAAACUUCCAGCUUACACAUUUAGAAAACAGAUAAGUGAGGCUAUAUUUCUUAGGGAUAUAUACACACG